UGUGUAUGUAUGUGAUGGCUGCCAAACCUCUUCUACCCUCCACCAUCUUUCAUAUCCUCUUUAUAAGUUUCAACACCAAAACAAUCUCAGUUUCUCUUCAGUUAAUAAUCUUCUUCACUUGGAAUUAAGACCUAAUGGAAAGCCAAGACCCACCAAACCCACCACCCCAAAACAACCCCUUCCUCUUCACGCCAAAUUCGAUGUUGCAAAGCCCUAAUUUGGACCCUCAAGAGCAAUUAGGGCUAUGUGACAUUGACUGGGGUAACCUUUUCUCUGCUCAAAACAGCUUCUUGCUUAAUGGGGAUGCCAACGAUGCAAUUGAAUGUGCUUCUUCUUCUUCUUUUGUGGCUCAAAAUAAGGUAGCUUGUGAAGAGGAAAAGGGAAACAAGGAGAAAAGGAAAGGUGGGAGGAUGAAGAAAACAACACGAGUGCCAAGGUUUGCGUUUCAAACGAGAAGUGCAGAUGAUAUUUUGGAUGAUGGUUAUCGCUGGAGGAAAUAUGGUCAGAAAGCUGUGAAGAAUAACACAUAUCCAAGAAGCUACUACCGCUGCACGCAUCACACGUGCAAUGUGAAGAAACAAGUGCAAAGGCUAUCCAAAGACACAAGCAUUGUGGUGACGACUUACGAGGGAAUUCACAACCACCCGUGCGAGAAGUUGAUGGAAACUCUAACCCCUCUCCUCAAGCAAAUACAGUUUCUUGCCAGCUUGUAAGGUGGAACUGCUUUCUCUCCUACAACUACAUGCAUAUCAAGCACAUUUCGUUUAUGUUUAAAUAUCAUUAGUUAAUCACGCACAUGUAGAUCAAUUGCUGUAAGAUUAUUUUAACCUAACAAUAGGUGUUGAGUUCGAGUACUGAAUGUAUUAAAUACGUACUUGGAGGGAAUUUUAUUUUCCUCAUUCA